CCUUGCGCGAAAGUCAUAAUUUCUUUCCUGGAGGUAGUGGCGCCUCCUGUAAUCCCAGCACUCAGGAGGCAGAGGCAGGCGGAUCUCUGUGAAAUUCAACUCAAAGCUACACACAAGCAAGUCUUACUGAAGUACGUGUAAGUAAAGCCAUCGAAGAAAGGCCAGGACCUCAGAAGUGCUGACUUGACUAUGUUGUAUCGUCCAAGCCAGAGUCAGAGGGAAUGAAAUCUUUGCCUCCUCCUGAAAGGAUGGAGGCAGGACAGCAGUGUCUACGGAAGACAGAUUUUUAUGUGGAAUUGCCAAAAGUGGAGCUUCAUGCCCACUUGAAUGGCUCCAUUAGUUCCAGUACCAUGAAGAAACUGAUAGCCAAGAAGCCACAUCUUAAAGUUCAUGAUCACAUGACCAUGAUUGACAAGGGAAAGAAAAGAACUUUAGAAGAAUGUUUCCAGAUGUUCCAAGUUAUCCACCAGCUUACUACUAGUGCUGAGGAUAUUCUGAUGGUCACAAAGGAUGUCAUUAAGGAAUUUGCGGACGAUGGUGUCAAGUACCUGGAGCUGAGGAGCACACCCAGAGGAGACAGUGCCACUGGAAUGACAAAGAAGACUUACGUGGAAUCUAUACUUGAAGGCAUAAAACAGUGCAAACAAGAAAACUUAGAUAUCGAUGUUAGGUAUUUGAUGGCAAUUGACAGAAGAGGUGGCCUAGCGGUAGCCAAGGAGACUGUUGAACUUGCUAAAGAGUUCUUCCUCUCUACUGAGGAUACAGUUCUUGGCCUUGACCUCAGUGGAGACCCUACUAUAGGACAAGCAAAAGACUUCUUGGAACCUCUUUUAGAAGCUAAAAGAGCAGGUCUGAAGUUGGCAUUGCAUCUUGCAGAGAUUCCAGAUAAGAAAAAAGAAACACAAAUGCUGCUGGAUUUGCUUCCUGACAGAAUCGGGCAUGGAACUUUCCUCAACUCCACCGAGGGAGGCUCCACGGGUCCUGUGGAUUUUGUGAGGCAACACGGGAUACCUCUGGAACUUUGUUUGACCUCAAACAUCAAAAGCCAGACAGUUCCAUCUUAUGACCAGCAUCACUUUGGAUUCUGGUACAGCAUUGCUCAUCCUUCAGUGAUCUGUACCGAUGACAAGGGUGUCUUUUCGACAAACCUUUCUCAAGAAUAUCAACUGGCAGCAGAAACAUUUAAUUUGACCCCAUCUCAAGUGUGGGAUCUGUCUUAUGAAUCCAUCAGCUACAUCUUCGCUUCUGACAACACCAGAUCUGAACUGAGGAGUCGGUGGAAUCACCUGAAGCCCAAAGUGUUCCACUUUUAAGCUGGGAUGAGAUACAGCAGCACUAGCUACUUCCUGCCCCACUGCCACACUGGGAGCAGCUCUCCUCACCACGUCCUCCCCAGCAUGAUGGACAUACUCAAGCUGAGCCAAAACAGAUCCUUCCUUCCUUAAGCUGCCAUUGUCUGGUAUCUUGUCAGUAACAAGAACAAUUAGUAUAGACUAAAGUGUGCACAGAGUGCAUUUCUCUUCCCAUUUACUAAUCUUCCUGAAAUUUUAAUCCCAACUAGAAAAAUCAAUCUUCAGGAAAAGACCCACAAUUGCUGUCAAUCACAAUGCAUCAUCCCUAACUUCUCUGAUAAAUUUUCUCCAUAACUAUUUUCUUCCUACAGAAUGAUUUAAUAUUUGAUAGUCAAAGUAUAAAGUCCAAUGUAAAGCUUCAUGGCUUCAGAAUCAAUAUUCAAAGUGGUUUGGUUAAUUUUGGCAUUUUUUUAAUUAACAAGUUUUUCAAAUAAAAUUUUAAAUAAUAAUAAUAAUAAUAAAGAAUGACUUAAAACUCCAAGGAGCUGCCUCUUUCAGAAUCAUACUGCUACCAAAUUCCUAUCGUGGUCUAUCUUCAUCUGUUACUAUCUCCAUCAAGCAACCCCAGCAAGAGCCAAUACCUGAAGGGUCUUACAGUCUGUACUCUAUCUUUGGGUGGAGUACUGCAGAGGGCAGAGCGAGGCAAGAAGCAAGAGCAUCUGCUACACUGCAGGUCUCAGUGCCUCAGGCAAGAACAGUCUCCUGUCUGAGGCUCCACACAGUCCUCUCCCAUCUGAGAACACCUCCUUCCAUUCUUUUCUACUUACUGGGAGGAAAGGAGAAGAGAAAAGAUCCAAAGUAUGGGGGAAAAGUGGAGAGGCAUGAAAAGAUGAGAAGAAUAAAGAUUAUGA